AUGAAGGACUCAAAUGUUUCUUCAACAUGCAUCUCAUUAACACCUUAUCACCUUAAUAAUGAUGAUACAAAACCACCUUAUCACCUUAAUAAUGAUGAUACGAAACCACCUUAUCACCUUAAUAAUGAUGAUAUGAAAUCACCUUAUCACCUUGAUAAUGAUGAUACGAAACCACCUUAUCACCUUAAUAAUGAUGAUAUGAAACCACCUUAUCACCUUAAUAAUGAUGAUACGAAACCACCUUAUCACCUUAAUAAUGAUGAUACGAAACCACCUUAUCACCUUAAUAAUGAUGAUAUGAAACCACCUUAUCACCUUAAUAAUGAUGAUAUGAAACCACCUUAUCACCUUGGUAAUGAUGAUUCGAAACCACCUUAUCACCUUAAUAAUGAUGAUAUGAAACCACCUUAUCACCUUAAUAAUGAUGAUAUGAAACCACCUUAUCACCUUAAUAAUGAUGAUAUGAAACCACCUUAUCACCUUAAUAAUGAUGAUACGAAACAACCUUAUCACCUUAAUAAUGAUGAUAUGAAACCACCUUAUCACCUUAAUAAUGAUGAUAUGAAACCACCUUAUCACCUUAAUAAUGAUGAUAUGAAACCACCAUAUCACCUUGAUAAUGAUGAUACGAAACCACCUUAUCACCUUAAUAAUGAUGAUAUGAAACCACCUUAUCACCUUAAUAAUGAUGAUACGAAACCACCUUAUCACCUUAAUAAUGAUGAUAUGAAACCACCUUAUCACCUUAAUAAUGAUGAUAUGAAACCACCUUAUCACCUUAAUAAUGAUGAUAUGAAACCACCUUAUCACCUUAAUAAUGAUGAUAUGAAACCACCUUAUCACCUUAAUAAUGAUGAUAUGAAACCACCUUAUCACCUUAAUAAUGAUGAUAUGAAACCACCUUAUCACCUUAAUAAUGAUGAUAUGAAACCACCUUAUCACCUUAAUAAUGAUGAUAUGAAACCAACCUUAUCACCUUAA